GCUAGGUUCUUGCUGCUGCUUCCCUGUGGUGUCUGCCGUGAGAGCGGGACGGGGGGAAAAAACGCAGCCGGAACCUGACUCGCCCGGCGGAGGACCGGCGUCGUUUGCGGUUUCGCUAGCAAGAAGUGACCCGCCGCGCCUCUGUGUAUGCCGCUAACCGGGCUGAAAUCGCACGUGCAGAAUUAAUGCUGUGGCGUUUCCUGAUGCCUUAUCAUUUAGAAACGCUCUUCUCAUGUGAGGAUCAUCCAUAGUGCUUAAUUGUGCCGUGGAUCGAGGAUCUCUAAAGCAGCAUGCAUCCUCCAGUGCAGACUUUAUUAAUCAGGACCAAAGUUGUUUGCCACUUUUCUUUCCUACAAUGUGCUGCCGCAGUACACACACGAAGAAAACAUUGUAAUUGCCUUCUAAAGAGGGCAUCAUGUUCACUCGAGGAAUGAAGAGAAAGUGCUUUGAUCCAGAAGCCAUCGACGGGUCCUUGGCCGAUGUAAAGACUCAUCCGUCCUAUACCCUGGAACGUCAGUCCAUGUUGGACAUGUCGCUAGUGAAGCUUCAGCUGUGCCACAUGCUGGUAGAGCCAAACCUCUGCCGUUCAGUGCUCAUCGCCAACACGGUGAGGCAGAUACAAGAGGAGAUGACUCAAGACGGCAGCUGGCAGAUAUUUUACGCACAGCAAAUUGAUCCCCCGGCACCCUCGGAUCGUCUCGUUUCGACAGAAAUUCUGUGUCGCUCUUCCAAGGAUCAAGCCGAAGAGAAAUGCCCCGAGGAGGCCUAUAUUACAUACAGCGAGGAGCUGGACGUUCAAGAGACUCAGGAGAUUUCUGAGCUCUCGACGGUCCCUUCGGUUAAAGUGGCGCAGAACGCGGCGUCCGGCUUCUGGGAGGAGGAAAGUCCGCAGGAAAACCGAGCAAACCUUCAAAAAUCCAUAGACCAUAUAUUUGAAACCCUGGAAGGGAGAAACACCAAUUCCAUGGAAGACUUGUUUUCCGAGGUGGACACCUCUUAUUACGACCUUGAUACUGUGCUGACGGGGAUGAUGGGGAAUUCUAAGCUGGGCCACUGCGAUGUGCUUGAGAGCUUGUCCCAGUCCGCCGCGCCCACUCACUGCAAGGCAGAGCUCAACGAGAUUGAUCACGUUGUGGAGAUUCUUGUCGAAUCUUGAAGGUGAUCUUCCAUUAUGCAUGACGGCGUGUUUCUGGGUGAUUUCCAUCUUCAGUCGCACCUCUUCUGCCAGGUUAUUGCAGCCAAUGUACUUUCCACCAGGGGUUGGCACCUACCUAGGCUCCUCUGCCUGUCUAGGGAAUAUAUUUCCUGCCUAGGCAGGCUCGUCAUUCAGUCUACCUCUAUGGCGGCCAUAGUGGAAGUGGUUCUCGCUCCGAAUGCCCCUGGUGUACCAUCUUGACCAGUCUCUUACAUGACAUUGUGUUUGUCUCCAGCAUCCUGUAACUGUGGUGCUAAUAAAGGGAAUGUAUGAGAUUCGGGGGAGGGAAGAACAUGGCUGCUUUCUUCCAAAAAGGGCGCCAUGUGUGUCCACAGGCCGCGUCUGGUAUGUCGGCUUAGAGCUGCAUUACCAGAUACAAGCCACUGGACAAGAGGGGCGCUGUUUUUGUAGAGAAGCAGCUAUGUUUUGUCAUACAGACCCUUUUAAAAUGUAACGGUUAUGUGAAAUUAUCACAUAAAGCUGUAAACCAGUGGUGUCCAGCUCUUCAGCUAUUGGUAUAUUACAGCUCCUGGCACGCUGGGUGUUGUAGUUUCACAAUAGCUGAGGAGCCACAGGUUGGAGACCACUGCUUUGAACCAUGUCAUUAAAGGGGUUGUCUCACUUCAGAAAAUAGCUUUUAUCAUGUAGACAAAGUCAUUACAAGGUGCUUACUA